ACAACACGUUUUGACUCCUGUGGAGCAUCAUGGCAAUGCAGCGGGCCAAUGCUGCCACGCAGCUGCCAGAGGCAGUGCGGCCGGAUUUCUCCGGCCGCUACAUCCGAGCCAUUUUUGUGGCUUCCAACGUGCGCCAAGGGGGCCACGGUUUCUACUCGACUGAGAGUGAGUGGGAGAAGGCCAAGGUGCACUUGCUGCUGGAGCUGGAUCUUCGACUGGUGGAGAAUUCGGAAGUACAAAAGCUCAAGCUUUGCACUGCGCAGGACUUAGAAGGUGUUCCGACAGAGAUGAUCGUAGAAAGCAUGUUGAGGCUGGAGAGCGAUGAGAAGGUGGUUGGAUUCACAAUGAACGAGGUUCAAUCACCGCAAGGAGGCAUUAGCUACUACUUUGUCAGAGUCAUGGUGAAGAAUGAGGAAGGAAUUCGAUCUGAGCCGCUCUCGCGGGAAAUGUUUCCUUUAGUUCACUCCUUUCCUGGGCAUGAGGUGCUCCUGCAAAGCAAAGCAAAACCUGCAGCAGAAGUACGUGCCUUGCGAGCCUUCAGAGGACAUGAGCGAGACCACCUGACUGGCCUUGUCUACCAAGGUUGGAACAGCCCUGAAUGUGCGACGGGGCAAACUCCAAUGUUUUGGUUGGAGCUUUGUGUAUUGACUUGUGGCCUAUAUUACUUGGAUGUGGCCACUGAUCUUCAGCAGUUGUUCCUCUUCCUGGCCGAGCAUCAGUAUGAGUAUUUUGCUCUGAGUUGUGCAGGCAUGGCCAUUCCAGUUGUCAGUACGGUGAUUGAUGCAAUGGCAUGGAGUGAGAGCAAAGUCGCCACACCUCAAUGCGACAAAUUUCGGAAGAUCGUCCCAUCAAAGACUAUGAGGAUCAUCGUUGUUGUGUUCGCGGUGCUGUCCCAAAGCCACAUGCUUCUUUUGAUCCUUGCAUCAGCCUUGAUACGCACGAAGCAUGACUUGCUGCUAGGCGCAAAACAAGCUGAAGUGGCAGAAGCGGUGGUUUCGGCCGGACUACAAAGCAAUUAUUUUUGUUUGAUUCUGGUCGGUUUGGAAUCAGUGUCGCCCGAAGCCUUCCAAGGGCUCAGCCUCUCAAUUAUCAUGUCCUGCGCCUCGCUGGCUUUUGGUUUUGCAACCAGAGAUAAGAUUGAUGCAAAAGUGCUACAGGUUCCUGGGAAGCUGGAUUGGGGUCCCACAUUUGCAGCUCUCUUUCUUGUGAGAGCGAUGGAAGUGGCGAGCAGGUUGAUGGCCUUGAACAUGCUGCACCUCGCAACUAGGACUUGGGCAGCCUUUGGAGGACCAGUAACGGUCGCCGUGCUUGUAGCGUUGGCUUUCUUCCUCUUUCCGGAAGCUACAAAGGCGGACAAGUUGGCAGCGGUCAUUGCCCAUCCGGGGCAAGUGUUGCUGGGGAGGCGCUCCAUGAUUCCACUUCGUUAUUCCCUUUACCUGCACUGGCUACUGCAGCUGGUAGCGAUUAGCCUGCAAGGACUUGCGUCCACUGAUAUUUGGCUGGCAGAGGCCAAAGUGGUACCAUGGCCCGUGAUCGUGGCAUCGUUGGCAGGCUGCAUCUGCAGCACUCUCGGCCUUUGUGUGCUUGCACAUGUAGGAGAAAAUCAGAAACAUCCAGUUCUUGAAAAGGCAGCAAAAGGUCAAGCACUGACGUGCACUAUGCUUGCAGCUGCCCUGCAGCUUCCCAACGCUACAGUCCCAACCCUGGCUGCGGCUGAAGAAAUUUCCCUGGACCUCCAGGCACUUGAGGACCCGGAGAUCCUUUCAAAGCUUACAAAGGCGCACACUCCUCUGUGCAUACCCGCCUCUUCCAUGUCACAUAUGGAGUCCGACUUGGAGAAACACUGGCAACACUUGACACAUCUCAACGUGGUCAAUGCAGAUUUCUCGGAGUGCCAAUUCGAUGAGUCCUCAAAAUGGCAACAGGAGAUCCUUGCUUGGCACCGUCUCAGAGUGCUCCGCUUCAGAGAGCAGAAACUCGGCGCCGCAGUGCUGCACAUGGUGAGUUGUUGCACCGAACUCGAAGAGUUGGGCUUCGUUUGGUGUGGCAGCACUGAGCCCGAGGCCUGGCGAAAGCUCCAGGGCGCCCAGUGGCCGAAACUCCGGGUCGCCGAUUUCACUUGGUGUUUCCGGAGGGACGACAGGAAAGGUUGUGCCGAAGAGGUGCUGCGGAGCUUGGCCCAGUGCUCCGAGCUGCAGAAGUUGAAGUUUGUGGGCAACUUUUAUCCCCGAACCGAGGCCUGGGACGAUGUGCUCAAGACCGGCUCCUGGCCUCAGCUGCAGUGGGAGAAGUGCGAUUUUGGCCGCAAUGGCCCGAGCGAGGAGUUCCUACCGGAGGAAGCAGAAGAGGAAGUGGCCUCAGUAGAUCAUCCCGAGAAGCCACAGCCUACAAUUGGCAUGUCGUCGAGAUGCUUCACUCGCUUGUCCAGAUGUAUUGUCAGGGAAUCUGAGACCGCGCAGGUGAUUCCGUCCAGAUGCUGCACACAUGUGGCAAUGAGAAAUGAAGACGGAAAACGGCUGGAUGGUUCGCUGGAUUACGGCGGACAAGAUCUUGAUGCUGCGAUACUGCCACCACUGGCUCAGGGGAAGGACAUGGAAGUGCUCUAUGCCGAUUGGUGCCGUCAUCUCCCAGCUUCGGCCUGGCAGUCUUUGGAAAAUGCCCAGUGGCCCGAGCUCAAAGUGGCCGUCUUCGACGACAGCUUCCACAUGGACAGCCAGGGCUUGGAAGGCGCCCCAGCACUGCUGCAGCUGUUGGCGCGCUGCCCUCGCCUCAAGUCGAUCAAACUCAGUUUCUGCGGAGGGAUCGCCGCGGAGGCCUGGGAGGCGCUCCGUGCCGCGGAGUGGCCUCAACUGAAGGAAGCCCGGUGGGAGAUGUGCUUUGAGAGUGGCAAGCCAGCCUCCGGUGGGGCCGGGAUCGUGAUGGAGCUCCUGGCGCGGUGCCAGCGCUUGGAGAAGAUCGAUUUGAGUCGGUGCAAAGGCAUUGCGGCCGAGGCGUUCCAGCUGCUGGGCGCCGCCGAUUGGCCGGAGCUGAGAUCUGCAGGUUUCAACGACAGUUUCGUCGGAUCGAAUCGCUCGGCCCUGCCGGCGGUGCUGCAGAUGUUGUCUCGAUGCCCGAAGGUGGAACACUUGAACUUCUACGACUGUGGUGUCACGGAGAAGGAGCUGCAAAAGCUGCCCGGCGGCUGUUGGCCUCACUUGGAGAUCCAAAAGUGCAACGGCUUUGAUGGCGAAGAGAAGCUGAAGCAGCUGAGGCGCCUCAAGGGCGCGGAUGCCACCGAAGCUGCCAGCAGUGCCGUGAUUGUCAUCGAAGAUGCCAUGACCCAGGAGGCAGAUGCUGAAGCCAAACAGCCCAAGAGACGGAAGAAGGUGCGCAGUGUGCGCAGGAGGAAGCCAGCUGAGACAGAGGCGCCCAACGACGCAGGGGAUGUGAGCCAGAUUGAAGGAGUUUGUGGAGAUUUGGAAGCUGAACGGCCCAUAGAGGCCAAGGAAGAGGAGAGGCCAGAGGCACCGAAGAAGAAAAGGACCAGCAAGAAAGCAACGCGUUCGGUCAAAAAGUUCAGAGUGCGAAAGAGUGCCCCGGUCAACCUAAUGCCAACUCCAGCUGAUCUCAAAGAGCAACAUGCAGAUGGAGAAGGAGCCCCAAGCGAAAGCCGGCCAAAUGAGGCAUGCGAGAAGAGAAGGCCAAUGGGCAGAAACUGUCAGAUGCAUUGAACAUCAAAAGAGGUGGCUGUGCUGAAGGCAGGCGCCCGUCACGUUUCACAUGGAUUGAGCACACAG